AUGCCCGAGCGUCAGUACAAAGAGCUCGCUGCAGACAAGGACAAGGCAUCACUUCUGGCCAAGGACAGCACAGUCGUGCAGUUCCUGGCCUACGUGCUGGAGGACCGCGACGACCAGAUCGUUGGGGUGGCGCUGGAGACGCUGCUGCUGCUGUGCGAGGCCGAGUCGUCGCGGCGCCAGCUGCAGCAGACGUACGGUCUAGUGCAGGCGCUCGAGUGUCUGCGCAUGAGGGAUUGCCCGGCGGCCGUGCUCUCGCAGACCGAGGCGGCACUGGCGCACCUGCGGCGGCCGGAGCCGGGCCAGCAGGACAGGCAGGCCGCCCGACACCGGCCGCGGCCGCCCUCGCGCCGCAGCAAGGUCGUGACCCUGCACGUGACCGGCCUGGUGACGCCCGAGGACCGCGACGCCCUGGAAGCGGCGCUGGUGCGCGUGCGCGGCCUCGUGUCGAUCGUGUACGACAUGGGCCGCGGCCGCUGCACGUGUCGCGUGCGCGAGCACGUGUCGGUGGCGGCGCUGGGCGGCGCCGUGGACAACACGGAAAACAUGGCCGCGUACCACGUGGUGCGUCGGAUCACGGCCGAUGAGCCGCCGCCUGAGUACCUGCCCGAGGACGACCCCGACGUGACGCCUGGCGAUGGUGCCGUCGCCACCGGAGACUUCUUCAAGUCGGCCACCGGCUGGCUGUCGUCGGCCAGCUCUUACCUCAGCUCGGCCUUCUACUGGUGA